UGGUGCUGUUAUACAACCAGUGGGAAACACUGUACAUUACCUGGACCAGGGAAUUCUCAAAAUCUUCAGGAUAAAUACAGCUCAGAAUUCAAAAGCAGCAAAUUGAUUAUUCCUCCCAGAUCUUUACCUAUAGGGGAAUACAAUUUCACUGUCCAUGUGUACAAGGAUGAAAAUGACACAGGCUCAGCAUGGACAAAAGUAAUUGUUGUGCCAGGUUCACCACCAAUGGUGAAUGUAACUCCGGAUGUAAAACAUCGAAUUGUUGACCCCAGUGAAGGAGUCACUAUUCAAGCAGAAGUUACAGACAUUAAACCUGGAUGCCAUAUUUGGUGGGAAGUAGUGCAAGAGACUGGAUUUCAGUACUUUGAUCUCCAAGGAAGUGUAGGACUUGGGGAUGUUGUGAAGAUCACGGAGGAAGAGGGAAAUUCGGGACAACCCAGAGAACUUCCUCUUUUUAUUCCGGGACACACUGGCUCUUGGCCAGGUCUUCUAGGUGACACAAAAUAUAAACUACGAUUGACUGCUACUUGUCCUCUAGAAGGAAACAAUAUGAAGCAGGUUGCGGGAUAUGCAGAUGUUAUUAUAGAAACUAACACACCACCUGUAACUAAACCAUUGCAG